GACUAGCAUCGACUCAGCCGCCACCUCGCCAGUCCUCCCCUCACCUUCUUGCGCCGGAAGAAGGAAACGCCGGCGAUUCCAACCCCAACCAGCGCGGGGAGAUGGCGGAGCCAUCGGCCUCCUCCGCGGCCGCCGCCCCCGCCGCUGCCGCGGAGCUGACGGACGCGGAGAGGAUGGAUGCCCUGGACCGGAUGCUCACGCGGCUGGCCCUCGCCGACGACGCGCGCCUCGCGCCGGUGCUCGCACGCGUCCUCCCCUACGCCGUCACCUCGCUGGCCUCCCCUGCGCCUGCCGUACGCAAGCUCGUUAUGGAAAUUCUUAGUCACAUUAACAAAAGGGUGAAGCACAGGCCUGAGAUUCCAUUGCCAAUGCUGGAAUUAUGGAAGAUCUAUACUGAAUCUACUUCCUCAACGAUGGUCCGAAACUUUUGUAUCGUAUAUAUUGAGAUGGCGUUUGAACGCCUGCCAACCGAGGAGAAAGGAAACAUCGCGCCUGAUCUUUUAAUCAAUAUAUCAAAUGUUCCAGCCCAGCAUCAAGGGAUCAUCUUGAGACUUGUAACAAAGGCUAUUGGCGAAUGUAACACCCAUAAGGUGGACGAGACUAUUGCGUCAAAAUAUCGAGUAAUAACUCAAACCAAGGAUGGUCUAGUAUUUGCUGAAUUCUGUUUUCACACAUUAUUAUAUCAAGCACCACUUCAAGGUAGUGGAUGCCCAGCAGGACUGUCAGUUGCCCAAUCAGAACGUGUCACCGGAAAGCAACCCCUAAAAAUCGACGUACUUGCAUCAAGAAAGCUAGGAAUCUUGAAUGUCAUUGAAGCUAUGAACUUCGCACCUGAGAUUGUGUACCCUCUUUAUUUAUCUGCUUCUUCAGAUAGCCAAGAGCCAGUUUCUAAGAAAGGAGAAGAGUUCUUAAAGCGCAAAACUUCAACAGUAAAUUUAGAAGAUCCGAACCUUAUCAAGAGACUCUUCACACUGUUCAAUGGUACUGUGGGUGCAGAAAAUAUAGCUGCAGAGCUGAAAGUUUCCCCAGCACAUGCUUCGUUGCGUAUGCGGCUUAUGAGUGUUUUCUGCCGAUCAGUUGCUGCAGCAAAUGCAUUUCCACACACACUUCAAUGCAUCUUCGGCUGCAUCUACGGAAGUGGAACUACUUCAAGGCUGAAGCAGUUAGGAAUGGAGUUCACUGUCUGGGUUUUCAAACAUGCAGUGGCUGACCAGCUAAAGUUAAUCGGUCCAGUUAUACUUAGUGGAAUAUUGCGCUCCCUUGAUGGUUCUUCAACUGCAGAAACAGAUUCUACCGGUAGAGAUACCAAAAUAUUUGCAUACCAGGCUAUUGGUUUGCUUGCCUCUCGCAUGCCAAAUUUAUUCAGUGAUAAAACUGACAUGGCUAUACGACUCUUUACUGCUUUGAGAUUGGAGGAUCAAUCUCUUCGUUUGACAAUUCAAGAGGCGGCUACUUCCCUUGCUACAGCAUAUAAGCGUGCUUCAACGAUAGUACUGAAGGAUCUUGAGGUGCUUCUUCUGGAAAAUUGUGAAGCGGAGCAAAGUGAGGUUCGCUUUUCUGCUAUAAGAUGGGCAACAACAUUAUACGAUACGCGGCACUGUUCAAGCCGGUACAUUUGCAUGAUUGGGGCUUCAGAUGUUAAACUGGACAUAAGGGAAAUGGCUCUAGCUGGUCUAGAUCUUAUGAAUGAUGGGAGGCAAUCAUCUGCAGGGUCUGGUGAUUUCAGCUAUCCUGAUGUAAAGGAGAUGAUAAAUUAUAUCUGCUGUCAGCGACCUCAGUUGCUGCAUUCUGAUGAGCAGAGAAACGGAAAAUUACUUUUCCCUUCAAAAACAUUUGUUUCAAUGAUCAAGUUUCUGAUGAAGUGCUUUGAGUCUAGUGAUAGCUCAAAUCUUUUGCAAGAUCCAUCUGAUUCUGCUGUAGCAAAAAUGUGUGUCAUCUUAGAACAUGCCAUGUCAUAUGAAGGGUCUAGCGAACUGCAUGCGCUGGCCUUGAAGUCAUUGGUUGACCUUUCUUCUCGUGAGCCGAAGUUGGUGUCAUUGCGGUAUGCAGAACGCAUAAAUUGGCUAAGAACUCUUUUGGGUCAUGUUGAUUCUGAUGCUCGUGAAGCUGCGUCACGCCUGCUUGGUAUUGCUUCUUCAGCUCUUUCAACCUCUUCUGCACUAAGUCUUCUGUCUGAGCUCACUUCAACACUGAGUCAAAAUCGUCCAUCAAGAUUUGAAAAUUACCAUGGAGUUCUGUGUGCGAUCGGGUACCUAACAGCUGGUGCUUUGAAGCAGUCUUAUAUUUCUGAGGAUAUGGUAAAAAAUGUAGUUGAUAUUCUUGUAAAAGUAGUUAUCUCUGAAGGUUCGACAUUAGCAUCUGUUGCAAUGGAAUCUCUUGGUCACAUUGGUCUGCGUUGUGCAUUGCCUUCCAUCAACCAAAACUCUUCUACAGGUACACUAUUAAGCGUUCUCCGUGAGAGGCUGACCAAGCUUCUUUCUGAAAAUGAUACUAAAGCUCAACAGAAAAUUCUUGUAUCAUUGGGGCACAUAUCUUGGAAUGAGAUGUCCUUUCCUCACCUGAAUGAUGCAUUAGACUUGAUUUUUAGUCUUUCACGUUCUAAGGUGGAAGAUGUACUUUUUGCUGCGGGGGAGGCUUUAUCUUUCAUAUGGGGAGAAGUUCCUGUGACAGCAGAUGUGAUACUGGAGACGAACUUUGUUUCCCUUUCCCAGGCCACAAACUAUCUUACCGGUGAUGCAUCUCUAGUCUCGAGUAACUCCUAUGAAAAAAGUGGUUGUGAAGAAGCACACUCAGUUGCACGAGAAGAAAUUAUUAAAAAGUUGUUCGAAACACUAAUUUAUAGCAGUAGAAAAGAAGAACGCUGUGCAGGUACUGUCUGGUUGGUCUCACUGACGAUGUACUGUGGCCGACAUAAAAAAAUCCUAGAACUACUUCCGCAAAUCCAGGAAGCCCUUUCACAUCUUCUUGGUGAUCCAAAUGAGCUUACGCAAGAUUUGGCAUCUCAAGGCAUGAGUAUUGUGUAUGAGCUUGGUGAUGCAUCUAUGAAAGAGGAGCUGGUUCAUGCUCUGGUGAACACACUGACUGGCGCUGCAAGAAAGAAAAAAGCCAUUAAGUUGAUGGAGGAUUCUGAGGUCUUUCAAGAAGGCACAAUUGGCAAUAAUCCUACUGGAGGGAAACUUAGCACGUACAAGGAGCUGUGCAGUCUUGCCAAUGAAAUGGGGCAACCUGACCUGAUAUACAAGUUCAUGGAUCUAGCUAAUUAUCAGGCUGCUCUCAAUUCUAAAAGGGGUGCUGCUUUUGGAUUUUCCAAGAUAGCCAAACAAGCUGGCGAGGCACUUCAACCUUAUCUGCAUACCUUAAUUCCUAGGCUUGUCCGUUACCAACACGACCCUGAUAAAAACAUCCAGGAUUCAAUGGCACACAUCUGGAAGUUAAUUGUUUCAGAUCCGAAAAAAGCAAUAGAUGAACAUUAUGAUGCCAUAGUAGAGGAUCUAUUGGUUCAAUCUGGAUCGAGGCUUUGGCGCUCACGAGAAGCAUCCUGUCUUGCACUUGCAGACAUCAUCCAAGGUCGAAGAUAUAGUCAGGUUUGUAAACAUUUGAGAAAAAUAUGGACAACCACCUUCCGUGCAAUGGAUGACAUAAAGGAAACUGUGCGAACUGCUGGUGACAGUUUGUGCCGAGCUGUAAGCUCAUUGACAAUUAGGCUCUGUGAUAUAUCACUAACUUCUACUUCUGAUGCAAACGAAACAAUGAGCAUUGUGCUGCCAUACUUGCUUUCUGAGGGCAUACUCAGUAAAGUUCCAAGUGUUCAAAAAGCUGCUAUUAGUUUGGUCAUGAAGCUUGCUAAGGGUGCUGGUCCUGCCCUUCGUCCUCAUCUGCCGGAACUUGUUAGUUGUAUGCUUGAAUGUUUGUCAAGUCUGGAGGAUCAAAGGUUGAAUUAUGUUGAGAUGCAUGCAGGAAAUGUUGGCAUCAAAACUGAUAAGCUUGAAAGCUUGCGUAUAGCUGUGGCUAAAGAUUCUCCAAUGUGGGAAACUCUUGAUAUCUGUAUAAAAAUUGUUGAUAAGAAUUCACUUGAUCUAUUGGUUCCUCGCCUGGCUCAAAUGGUUAGAUCAGCUGUUGGCUUAAAUACAAGGGUUGGUGUUGCUAGCUUCAUAACCUUCUUGGUUCAGAAGGUCAUGGUUGACAUCAAACCAUUCACAACAAUAUUGCUGAAGUUAUUGUAUAGUGCUGUUCUGGAGGAAAGGAGUUCUGCCGCUAAAAAGGCUUUUGCGUCCUCUUGUGCAACUGUUUUGAAAUACGCUAGUCCUCCCCAGGCUCAGAAGCUUAUUGAAGAUACUACCUCUCUGCAUUCAGGUGGGAAAAACGAUCAGUUAUCUGGUGCAAUUCUUAUUAAAGCCUACUUGAGCAAUGCAGCUGAUAUUCUUGGUGGAUAUAAUGCGGUGGUUAUCCCUGUAAUUUUUGUGUCGAGGUUUGAUGAUGAUAAAGACACCAGUGCUUUAUAUGAAGAACUUUGGGAGGAUAUUCCUACUAGUGAAAGAGUAACCCUAACACUAUAUUUACCAGAAAUUGUAUCUCUUUUAUGUGAUGGCAUGUCAUUGUCAUCAUGGGCUGGUAAAAGAAAGUCAGCCAAGGCUAUGAAGAAGCUAUGUGAUAUUCUCGGAGAACCCCUAUCAGCACACUACCAGAAUAUUCUCAAAUCACUUUUGAAAGAAUUGCCAGGUCGAUUCUGGGAGGGAAAAGAUGCUAUUCUGGACGCAUUGGCUUCAUUGUGUUCUUCCUGCCAUGUUGCUAUAACUGCAGACGACUCCAGCUUGCCAAGUGUUAUACUAAAUGCUGUGUGUGCUGCAUGCAGUAGGAAAUCAAAAUUGUACCGUGAAGCAGCUUUCUUGUGUCUACACAAAGUGAUUGCGGCAUUCAGAGAUCCAGGAUUUUUCAAUAGUGUGUUUCCAAUGUUGUACGAGGUUUCUAGCCAAUCUGUCAUUUCGAAGACAAAAAACUCUGCUGGUGCAGAACUAGAUGAAAGUGAAGGUGCUUCUAUUUCUCUGGAUAAAGUGCUCAAUUGUGCAACAUCAUGCAUCAGUGUCGCUUUUCCACAGGAUAUUAUCAACCAAAAGAAGAACGUUUUAGAAUUAAUAUUGAAUUCUCUCUCACCUGAGGAGAGUUGGCAAGUUAAACUAUCAUCCUUCUUGUGUAUCAAAGAGUUGUGCCUGAAAUUUCAUAGUUCUGGUGAUAGUAACACAUGGCCUCAAGACACAGCUUGCUUGGUUCAGGAGUUAUUUCAUUUGGUAUCACCAAAAUUAGUAGACUCCAUAAGAUUAGUAAAGAUUGCUCAGGUUCACAUUGCUGCAUCGGAGUGCCUUCUUGAUUUGAGCAAACUGUACAGAGACUUCCCAUUGUUGGAAAGAACAGAGGCCAAGUUCGAGGAUGAACUUACAGAGCUCUGCGAGUCUGAAAAAAGUGAGCAAGCAAAGGCGAUUCUGAAGGAAUGCCUAGCCAUUCUUAAAACUCUUCCUGGAGUAACCAUGACGACGGAUUAAAAACCAGCACAGGGAACAUGUAAAGUUCACGUGGUGAUUGUAAAUUUCAUUCCGAUAUACGCAUAUAGUACAGAAAUAUGGCAAAGUUCUCCCUCCAUUUUAUGUCAGAGGGCAGGGCAAGAAAAGUUACAUGCUUCGAUUAGUUUGCUCAUUUGUUGCCUAGAUCCUUAACCGUGAUAUUCCGAUACAUGUGCGUGUAAGAAACAAGAGAUUGUCAGGCAGCAAGAAACUGUUGCUGCAGCAUUUUGCAGUUGUGCCGCCCAUCCAAUAUAGAAUAUCGGUAAGCUACCAAA